AUGCAGGUCCGCAAUCUCUUCGCCGUGCUUUCGGCAGCCACUCUUUUACAUUUUACACACGCCCUUAAUGCUUGCCCGGGUUCUGACGAUGUUUUCACUGGAGCGGAAGGUAUCAGAUAUCGAGUAUGUCCUGGUACCGAUCUGACUGGACCUUCGACGUCAAUAAAGCGAGUUACUUCGGUUACAGCAUGCGCGAAACUUUGCGACCAGAGCAUGGACUGUUUCAAGGCAGUCUUUGAUACCCGGACGAAAGACUGCCACUUCAAAGAUCUUACUGGCCUGACUUGGGUUGCCAAUGACCGUUUCCAAGUCAUCCAAGCAGAGCAGGUCAACAUCGCUCGUUGCCCUCACAACGAGUGGACUUAUCAUAGAAACCGGAAACAAUACAGCAUCUGUCCAGGAACCGAUAUCCGCGGACCAAGUGAAAAGAUAUGGCAGGGUAUAAGGACUUUCGAUGAUUGCGCCUACCUGUGUGCCAACUGGGCUACGUGCAACGCAGCCGUUUACGACUCCGCAAAGAUGGCUUGCCACAUCAAAGCCGACUCACGGAGUAACACUUUGAUCUGGUCAACCGACAAACGCUACGAUGUGAUGCGUCUAAACGUCGCGCCCGCGCCCGCGAAAGACGGUGAAUGGUCAGAUCUCAUUCGCCUGCCUGUCAUCCCUGUUGCCGCAUAUGUUGUUCCUGAGUAUCCUGUCUCACAACGUCUCCUCGUCUUCUCUAGUUGGGGAGCUGACGCCUUCGGUGGUGCUGGUGGAAGAACGCAGUUUGCGGACUACAACUUCAAUACUGGAGCAGUUUCGGCCCGUACAGUCAGCAACACUCACCACGACAUGUUCUGUCCUGCAAUGAGCAGUCUUCAAGAUGGCCAGCUUUUGAUUCAAGGAGGGUCAGAUGCUUCUGCAGCCAGUCUCUACGAUCCAGUCUCGAAUGCUUUCACUCGCGCCCCCGACAUGAAAAUGGCCCGUGGCUACCAAUCAUCUACAACGACAUCCGACAAUCGCGUGUUCACCAUCGGAGGUGCCUACUCUGGUCCCCGUAAGGGAAAGGACGGUGAGGUUUACGAUCCCUCCACCAACACCUGGACAGCAUUACCAAACGCAAGGAUGAAGGCUAUGCUCACGACCGAUCAUGAAGGAAUCUGGCGCGAAGACAACCAUGCGUGGUUGUUUGGUUGGAAGAACGCUUCUGUUUUCCAAGCCGGUCCUAGCAAAGCUAUGAACUGGUAUGGCACAAAGGGAACCGGAUCGCAAGUCGCUGCUGGUAUACGUGACCCAAUUGAUGACGCGAUGUGCGGUAUCUUUGUCAUGUACGAUGCCGUCGCCGGCAAGAUCUUCAGUGCUGGUGGUGCUCCUGACUACACAGACUCAGAUGCCAACGCCAGGGCCCAUAUCACUACCAUUGACGAGCCGAACUCUCCUGCAAGGGUUGAGCGUGUCGCGGAUAUGACCUAUCCUCGCGGUUUCUCCAACGCGGUCGUUUUGCCUGACGGAACGGUCCUUGUAAGUGGUGGCCAAAAACGAUCGAAGGUGUUCACAGAUGACGAUGGAGCUCUCUACCCGGAACUUUUCGACCCAGCCACAAAGUCCUGGAAGGUCCUUGCCCCACAGGCUGUACCUCGCAACUAUCACUCGGUUAGUAUCUUGCUGGCCGACGGACGUGUCUUCAGCGGUGGUGGCGGUCUCUGCUACGUUGCCCAGGGAGUCGGCCGCAGCUCCGCCAAUUGCAACAAACUCGUCGACCACGCCGAUGGCCAAAUCUUCUCGCCGCCGUACCUGUUCAAUACUGACGGAAGUCCCGCAACACGUCCUGUGAUUCGCUCUCUAAGCGCAGAAAGCGUCAAAGUUGGAGGCGAGCUGACUAUCCAAAUCGAGACCUCAGAACCAGGUCUCAAGUUCACCCUAGUUCGCAUCGGCAGCGUCACACACUCAGUCAACACCGACCAGCGACGAGUGCCACUCUCAAACAUCAAGGGCGAGGGAUGCACGUACACUGCUACAUUGCCCAAUGACAGCGGUAUUCUUAUUCCAGGCUCCUACUACGUCUUUGUCAUCUCAAAGGAGGGUGUUCCUAGCAUUGCUAGGACCGUGCAGAUCGUACUGCCAUAA